GUGUGGCCCCAGCAGAUCCAGAAACUCCAUUUUUCUCUCUCAAGCAGCCCACCUUUUCCGCUUUUCCUUUUCCCUUUGCUUCUUUGCAAAUUCAAGCCUCCUUUCAUGGCCUCUUUUCUCUCUUUCCAUAUCCCCCUCCUUUCUCUCUCUAAUACUAUGUGCCAACUCUCUGAGCUCAUUUCACUUCGCUGAGAUUUUAUUCCUUUCUCAAAACAUCCUUUUCCUCUCCCAUUGUUAGUGGAUUUGCUGAAUUCCGCAUGAUAAACGAGCAAUUUUGGUGCUGGUAAUGAAGCUGUGAUUUGAGUUGGUUUUGUUUUUCUCUUUUCAGUUUAGGUGAGUUGGAGCGAGUAUGCAGUGCAGUAGUUACACGCCCGUGUAUUACCACAACGUGAGGGAUCUGAAUGGCGGUGCUGGUGGCUAUUCUUGGCACCUUUACAAUAGUAAUGCUAGCUACGGAGAAGAAAGAGGCCACAACAACAGCGUUUUCGUGCCAUCGUGUGAUCAGUACUUAGGUCAUGACAAGGAAAUGCUGAAGCAGAUCAUACAGAAUCAAGAAGCCGCGUUUAGGUCUCAGGUUCAGGAGCUACACCGGGUAUACCGAAGGCAGAGGGACUUGAUGAAUGAAAUGAGAGCGAGAGAAAUCUUUGGACAGCAUUUACCAUCUCGAACAUCAGAGUCAAUCCAUUCCUCGUCUCAUGGUGGUGAUGAAAUUCCUCAGAAGCCUACUCCUGCAACAAGCUGGCUCUUCGGCAAUCUUUCACCUCGUGAGUUGUCUGAACUAGCAUCAGGGAAUUUUCAAGGGCCUAAAAGUUUAGUUGCAGAGAACUUUCUGAAACAUACAACUCUGCAAAGUGAGUCUGGCAUAAGAAGAAACAGUAGUGAUGAUGUCCAAUUUCUGUUUCCCAGCACUAAACGAAGUGGAAUUAUCGACCUUGAACUUCCAGCUCGUAUCUACCAUGAUGAUCAAGUGAAGCAGUUCAAAGCAGGGAACCUUUCUGAAGCAUCUGACUUCACAUGUCGUUCCCCUGAUAAAGUUUCCAACUUUCUAGCUGCAACUCAUUCAGAUAUUGGCUUGAGUAAAACAUGGGAUUUAUCGAGUUCUAGUUCGGAUACCAAGAAAACCUAUUGUUUCAUUGAUCUGAAUGAGCCCAUACAGUUGGAAUCUCUUCCCACAAGUUCGUCUGGUCCUCUUGAAGCUUUUACUGAUCUUGUGAAGACUGGUGAAAACUCGGAUGGCACAAAUUCAUCAAUGGAUAUUGAUUUGAAUUCAAUGCCUUUCUGUGAGACUCAAAUUCCUUUUGAAAGCCCUCCAUCUAUAAAUAGAGAGGCUAAAGUAGUUCCCGAUAGCAACUCUGCCUCUGAAGACGAACCUAUUGUACAGAACAGCAUCAGUGACAGUUUCUUGAAAACUGAAAGUUACAUUGGCUUGAACAGUGGCGUAGUAGACGAGCAUCCUGUGCCUCCGUCAAGCUCGAAGUCUGCAGAGUUGUUGAAGGGACCGGUGAGCCCUGAGAACAAGGAGCGUUCUCCUCCAAGAGGAGAAUCCGAAGAUAUUCAACUGGAAACACAUCUUUUAUCUGAACAAGGAGAGGCAGAGCCAUUCAUUGAAUCCGACACCACUGCUGCAAAGACUCUAGUCACAAUUUUUACAUCUGGAGUCAAGGUAGAAGCUGAAGUUCUUGAAUCACUAGCAAACUUCAGAAAUCUGUGUUGGUUUGCUGAAAUUGUUUCUUCCAAUGGAGAUGAAGUGGGAGAUGAGGUCAUGGAACUUGAGACUGAUGCAAUGGAUCAAGGUGGGGAGAACGAUUUAAACUCGUCUCGUUUUAGCAAAGGAAAAGGAACGAGUAACAUGUCCAGAAGAUCCGGGAAGGGUCAGAAGAGGGGAAAGAAGCAAUGCAAGGGCUUCAAUUCGGAAGCUCUAGAAACAGGUUCGUUGAAGAGGAAACCGGGCAGGAGUGGCGGUGCAAAAGCAAGAAAAUAUUCUAAGUUAUCUCCUUCAGAUGUGACGAAGAAGUCAAUGAGCUCGAUCAUGAAGCAGUCCGUUGCUAGCGCUGACCAGAGUGUCGUGCUGAGCUGGGGAAGGACAAACAAACGGCAAGGAGGUCGGAGACGUCGGGCUAGUCAAUUCUUUCUUGUAAGCUGAGAUGGCUUGAUUGUAGGAUUUCUUGCAUUCAAUAGCACAUUUUGUUGUUGGAAUUAGAUUCUUGAUUGGAUGAUGUUAAUGUACAUAUACAAAUGAAUUAGUCUUGAUGAGAACUCCUUUCAGCUAUAUGCUGUGAUUAUUGUGCAGUUGAGUGAAAAUCACUGCAUUCUAUAAUAGGAUUUGCUUGGGUGGAGUCCCAUUUUUCAA